AUGAAUCAUAGUCAUAAUCAUAAUCACAAUCAUAAUAAUAAUCAUAACGAACAACAUAUUAAAGAUGGUCUUAUUCAUGGUCAUAUCCAUAACUUCCAAAACUUCACCUAUAUUCAUGGUCAUGUUCAUACAAAUGAUUCUUCAAAUGAUCAAUUAAAUUUACCCUUUUUACCAUCAGGUUUAAAUUUACAAUCUAAAAAGAAAAGAAGAAGAUCAUCUCAUAAACAUUUAAAUGAAUCUCUUAAUUCACAAUUUUCUGACUGUCAACAUUUUGAAUUUUUAAAUUGUCAUGAUCAAAAUUCAAUAUUAAAUAAUAAUUCUAUAAAUGAUUUAUUACCAUGUAAUGAAAAUCAUCAAGAUUGUGUUCCUAAAAUUGUGGAAAUUUGUUGUGAUGAUGAUCAUCAUCAAAGUAAUGAUAUAAUACCCAAAUUACCAAGUUGUACUGAUCAUGAACAUAUAGGUCAUGAUGGUCAUGAUCAUAAUAAUAACCAUGAGGCAAAACAUACAAAAGAUGAACAAAUUAAGAAAGAAUCUUUAUUAAAACAACAACAGCAACAACAAGAUUUAGAUCUAAGUUGUGCUUUGGAUGAUUGUAUUGAUAUCAAAUGUGAUUUAGAUACUUGUGAUAUUGAUGAAUUAUAUUGUAAAUAUUGUGAAGAUAUUGAUAAAAUUACAAAUGAUUCAAAUACAAAUGAAGUUAAAAAAGAAGAUGAAAAAAGAAUUCAUGGAAUAAUUAAACAAGAACCUCAAACUUAUACAACAAAUAAUUAUAACUAUCAAACUCAUCAACAACAAGAAGAACCUCCUAUAACUUGUACAAAUCCAUUAAAUUGUAUAAAUCCUGAAUGUGCAUCAUUCAAAAAAAAUCAUGGGAAAGAAUUAGAUUCUCAUCACCAUCACCAACAACAACAACGAGAACAAGAACAACAAACUUUACAUCAUCAUUUACAUCAUAAUGAUUUCCAUCAUUCAAAUAAUCAUCAUCAUCAUCAUAUACAAAUUCAUGAUCAUCAAGCUAAAAAACUAAAAAAAUCAAAUAGUAUUGAUCAAUUUCAACUUAAACCACAAUUACCACAACAACAACAACAAAAUGAAUUUAUAAAUUUUGAAUGGAAUUUUAAAAAUCAACCAGGUGCUAAAUGUGAAUGGGAAAAUUGUUCAACAACUUUAGAUAAUUCAUUUCAAUUACAAAAUCAUAUAGUUGAAGAUCAUUUAUUAUCUGAAUAUUCAAUCCCUCCACAAACAAGUUCAAGUUCAUUUGAAUGUGAAUGGAAAAAUUGUGAUUUUAAUGGAUAUGAUUUAUUCUCAUUAGUUAAUCAUAUUAAUGAUACUCAUGGAUUUCAAUAUGAUUUUGAUAUAAAUAAUUUAAUUAAAAAAGAUCAACCACCACAACCACAACCACAACAACAAUUAAAUAAUGGAUUAUCAAAUAAUCAAUUAAAUUUACCAACACCUUCUCCAGAUAAUGAUUUAACUACAAUAACAUCGAAUUCAAAUUCUGAAAUUUCUUCACCACGACAAUCAUCAAAUUCUUCCACAACAACUUUAUCAAAUCAUUCAACAAUAGCAACACCAUCAAAAUCAAAAUCAAAUAAUUUCCCUAAACCACAUGUUACAACUGAAGAAACACAAUGUAAUUGGUGUGAAUAUGAUCCAAUAACAGAAACACAUAUAUCAACAUGUAAUUUAAAAUUUGAAUCAGCAGCAGAUUUAACAAAUCAUUUAAUUAAUGAUCAUAUUGGAUCAGGAAAAUCAGAAUAUACAUGUAAUUGGCAUAAUUGUUCAAGAAAUCAUAGAAUUUUCAAUCAACGUCAAAAAAUUAUAAGACAUUUACAUGUUCAUACUCAUUAUAAACCAUUUAUUUGUUCAAUUUGUAAACAUUCAUUUGCAGUGGAAAGUAUGCUUGAACAACAUAUGAGAACUCAUAGUGGAGAAAAACCAUAUAAAUGUAAGAUUUGUGAUAAACAUUUUGCAACUUCAAGUUCUUUAUCAAUUCAUUUAAGAACUCAUACAGGUGAGAAACCAUUGAUUUGUAAAUAUCCAGGUUGUGGUAAAAGAUUUAGUGAAUCUUCAAAUUUAACAAAACAUAUUAAAACUCAUGAAAAAUUUUUUAAAUGUGGUCAAUGUUCAAGAAGUUUUAGUAAAGAAAAACAAUUACAAAGUCAUAUAUCUAAAUAUCAUUCAUGA